UUCCAUAAUGGUAUUUAUCCCAAUGUCAGUGUAGUUUCUCUAUCUAUAUAUUCUAUUAUAUACUUAGAUUUUGUGUACUUUUUUCAUCAUAUCAUAUUUUCUUCAUUCUUAUCUUGUUCCUUACUUCACCACUCAAUACCACAGAACAUCCUGUGGAAAUAAUAAUAAAGACUAAGUAACUAUUAAGAUAAGAAGAUGGUUAUAACAAAUGUUAGCGAGUAUGAAGCAAUUGCGAAGCAAAAGGUGCCGAAGAUGAUUUUCGACCACUAUGCAUCCGGGGCAGAGGAUGAAUGGACUUUGAAAGAGAACCGAAAUGCAUUUUCAAGGAUUCUAUUUAGGCCGCGAAUUCUUAUUGAUGUAAGCAAGAUAGAUUUGACGACAACUGUAUUCGGCUCCAAAAUAUCAAUGCCUAUCAUGGUUGCUCCUACAGGCCAGCAUCAGAUGGCUCACCUUGAAGGAGAAUGCGCUACUGCUAGAGCAGCAUCGGCAGCUGGCACCAUCAUGACACUAGCCACAGGGGCUACUUUUAGUGUUGAGGAGGUUGCUUCAACAGGACCUGGCAUUCGUUUCCUCCAACUAUAUAUGUUUAAAGACAGAAAUGUGGCUACUCAACUUGUGAGAAGAGCUGAAAAUGCUGGUUUCAAGGCAAUUGUUCUUACCGCAGACUCUGCAGUUUUUGGUCGCAGGGAGGCUAACAUAAAAAACAGAUUUACAUUUCCGCCAUACGUGAGAUUGAAGAACUAUGAAGGCAUGGGUCUUGACAGGAAUAAAGACUCUAGUCCCGCCUCCGUUAUUAAUGGCAUAUAUGACCGAUCACUCAACUGGAAGGAUGUAAAAUGGCUUCAAACAAUAACCUCAUUGCCAAUCAUACUCAAGGGUGUACUUACCGCUGAAGAUACUAGGUUAGCUAUACAAGCUGGAGCUGCUGGAGUCAUUGUUUCCAACCACGGUGCUCGCCAACUUGACUAUGUCUCUGCUACUAUUAUGGCUUUGGAAGAGGUUGUACAAGCUGCAGAAGGAAAAAUUCCUGUUUUUAUGGAUGGUGGAGUCCGCCGUGGGACAGAUGUUUUUAAAGCACUGGCUCUUGGAGCAGCUGGUGUAUUUAUUGGAAGACCUGUGGUGUACGCAUUGGCUGCUGACGGUGAGGCUGGUGUAAGAAAAGUAUUUGAGAUGCUUCAUGAUGAGCUUGAAAUAACCAUGGCACUAUGUGGUUGCCGUUCACUUAAGGACAUAACUCGCGAUCAUGUUGUAACAGAGUGGGACCGUCCUAGAAUUGCUCCGAGGUUAUGAGAUACCAGUCUAUAGUGUUGCAGCUGAGGAGGGGUUACUCAUCCAGAAACUGAUUUACUAUAGCCAUUUAAUUCUAUAAUAAUAUGUUAGACCAGUGAUUAAUAAACAAUAUCAUAGGAGACCCUAGUAAUAUUAUGUAUUCGUGUAUUAAAUAGGGGAGUUAUGGGAAAAAGGAACAUAGUUUGUUAUUUGGAUUAAAGAUUGGGAGGGAAGGAUUCAAGCUUUCCAAAACUUGAAAGGGAAUCUGUGUAGCAUACAGCCUUUUUGUUUUUCUGUUCUUUCCAUUUUGUGGAUUGUUUAAACAAAUAGUUCUGUUUUUCUUC